GGCUGGCAACAGGGAUCUCUGAAGGAUCCCAGAAGGCCCCUGAGGUGCUAAAACAAAGAAAGCACAGACACAGGAGACAAGUGGCUGAAGAGAGUCACCAUCAGCAUCCAAAGCAGCUCCCAAGUGUUGGUGAAACUACUAGAGGGAGACUGUUAAAUCAUGAAGCUCAUUGCCAUCCUUCUCCUUUGCUCCAGACUGCUACCGAGUUUAACCCAGAAGUACCACUGGGAAGAAAUCGACUGCAAUGAUGAGGAUGUAUUUAAGGCUGUGGACUCAGCUCUGAAGGAAUAUAACAGUGGAAGCAAAAGUGGCAACCAGUUUGUGUUAUACCGCGUAACCGAAGUCAACAAGACGGAUGACCAGGAAACAUUCUAUUCCAUCAAGUACCAGAUCAAGGAGGGAGACUGUCCUGUUCAAAGUGACAAAACGUGGCAGGACUGUGACUACAAGGAAGCUGAGCAGGCUGCCACAGGAGAAUGCACUGCAAUUGUGGGGGAAAGAGCAAAUAAUCUGUCUGUGGCUACCCAGACCUGCCAGAUCACUCCAGCCAAGGGCCCUGUGGUGACAUCCCAGUAUGACUGCCUUGGCUGUGUGCACCCCCUCUCAACUGCCAGCCCGGGCUUGGAACCUGUCCUGAGACACGCCAUUCAACAUUAUAACAACCACUCUCACCAUUCCCACCUCUUUGCCCUGAAAGAAGUGAAACAGGCCCACAGACAGGUGGUGGCUGGAUGGAAGUAUGAAGUUACUUACUCAAUUGAACAAACUAAUUGUUCCAAGGAGAAUUUUCUAUUCUUAACUCCAGACUGCAAGUUCCUUCUGAAUGGGGAUACUGCUGAAUGUACAGAUCAUGCAUACAUGGAUCUUCAGCUAAGAAUUUCUUCCUUCUCACAGAAGUGCAAUCUUCAUUCAGGGGUGGAUUCUGAAGUACGCUGCCUGGGCUGCCCCAGUAAGAUCCCUGUUGACAGCCCACAACUGCAGGGGCCUCUGAAACAUUCCAUCACAAAGCUUAAUGCAGAGAAUAAUGGUACUUUCUAUUUCAAGAUUGACACUGUGAAGAGAGCAACAGCACAGGUGGUGGCUGGAAUGAAAUAUUCUAUUGAGUUCACCGCCAAGGAAACCACAUGUUCCAAGGAGAGUAAUAAAGAGCUGACUGAAGAUUGUGAGAUCAAUUUACUUGGAGAAAUUCUAAGCUGCACUGCUGAGGUUUAUGAGGUACUAUGGUUGAACAAAACUGAAUCUACUAUCAAGUGCCGACCACUACAAAAGGCCUUAGUGCUGAGAAGACCUCCAGGUUUUUCACCUUUUCGAUCAGUAUUACAAGUGGACCCAACAAAGGAAGUAACAACUUUAAGUCCACCCCACACUUUCAUGGCACCUGAACAAGAUGAAGAGCAGGAUUCAGAAAAAGAACAAGGACACAUGCGGGAACGUGGCUGGGGCCGUGAAAAGAAAAUAAAACAUGGCCUUGGCCUUGUCCUUCGCCAUAAACAUGAGCAUAACCAAGGCCAUGGUCACCAAAGGGGACAUGGUCUUGGCCAUGGACAUCAACCACAACAUGUCAAUGGUCAUGGACACCAACGGGAACAUGACUAUAAUCUUGAAUACCAAGGGAGGCAUGGUCUUGGCCAUGGCCAUCAGCAGGAACAUGGCCUAGCCCGUGGACAUAAACAUGAUCAUGGUAAUAGCCAUACAAAACAUAAAAAUAAAAGAAAAAAUAAUGGAAAGGACAAUGAUAUGGGAACAAGGCAUUGGGCAAGUUCUUCUGAAGACAGUACUACAUCCACACAAACACAUGAAAAGACAGGAAGGUCAACACCCCUUCCUUCCCCAGCCCAGCCAGGUGUAGUUACCUUUUCUGACUUUCAGGACUUAGAUCUCAUUGCAGCCACAAUGACUAAUAAUAUACCACCAACUCCCACACUGACUGAUGAUGCUUGGAUCCCUGAAAUCCACAUACAGCCAAAAAGCCUUUCAUUUAACCUGAUACCUGAUUUUCCAGAAACCAGCUCCCCAAAAUGUCCUGGACGCCCCUGGAAGCCACUUAGUGGAGUGAAUCCAACUGUAGAAAUAACAGACUUUCAUGAUUUUGAUCUCUCUGGUGCUCUUUAUUAAUGUAUGCAGCCAUGGGGGUUUCUUUAACACUUCACCAUCCCCUUUCCCCAUUGUCCAAAUACCCCACUGUAAUGCACCAAAAACCAUAAAGCUUCAGAACAGCCUAGAGAGAAGUGGUGAGACACCCAAUGGGGACACAUCAGUUCCUAUGCACAACAUGAAACUGUGUGCAGCAUUCUAAACCCUUUCUGAGUCUUCCCCACAGGUUUUCUUAACUAGCACAGAAAAUGGGCAACCAAAUGUGCCUUGUGGCUUACUGCAAUUUACUUUUCUAAUAACAAAUGUGUACAUUAGAAUGAUAUUGGUCUUCAUACAAAGAUUCUUACCAUUUUGAAUAAACUGUGGCAUCUGGUCCCUGAACACCUGUGAAGUAAAGUCAAGAGACAGAAUGCUGAACUUCUGAAUACGAGAAAAAUAAUCAUAAAAAGCACUAGAAGUCAAGGAGGAACAAAGAAGAAAGGCUGAUAUAAACUAAUUGACUUCCUGUUUCCAUAAUGGCCUAGUUAUAUCAAAGAGUCACUCCCACUUGACGAAGUUACUCUGAUAAUUCUCUUUCUGACUGAGAGUGUUUCUCAUAAGCCAGUAAUUUCUGUUACCUGGUUAACUACUCUUUGCAACAUGGUUUUCAACUAGAAAUUCUCUGUGUGUUUAUGUGUUGCUGAGGCUGGUAUGAAUACUCCUUAGUUUUUAGCAGCUAUGCAUUGAAUGAAAAGAGGGAAAGCAGAGGAGGUAAGAUAGAGGCAGGCUUGUGAAGGGAAUCAUUCCUAGUAAUUGCCAGGGGAACACCAUGAGAUGUGUGAUGCAACGUUUGUUCAGAAAAUUUGGCAGGUGUUGCCUCUCCACCCACACUCUACCAUCGAAUCAUCUUCUUUCUACAACAGUAGAAAGCACUGAUUUUGGCAAAAAAAAAGUACAGUAUUAUUAUGUUUAAUAUCUUUAAUGUGAGGGAGGCACAUAUUUUAAAAUACUUGCUGUGUUUUGCCUGGGGAAACAAGAUCUGGCUUUAAUCAACUACAGUUGCCUGUGGAUGCAUGUGUCCCUGCCACUUCAACUCAUGGAAUGAUUUGAGCCUCUGAGUUUUUAUUUCACUUCCAAUAUUAUCUGUAUUUUUCAAUAAAGAACCAGUGAUGCCAGGAAAAAGUCUCAUUUUGUCAAGUGGUGCUUUUCUUUUAGUGAAUGAUAACAUCAGAUUAACAGAAUUUUAAUAUACUUACAGAACCAACUCAGUCAUUGCGAGUACAAGGGCUGACCUCCUGAGGCAGAGCCAACAUCUCAGAGUGAGGUCUCUUGACCAGUGGGCAGAAUGUCCAUGCCUGGCACAAUAGCCCCAACAACCAACCUGUCAGCAGCCUUGCAUGGAAAGAUAAGAAAGUGGGAGAGAAUGCAGUUGAGAAGAAUGCCACUUUAUCAUUCUGUUUCUGGAUGAAAUAAAGUUUGAUCUUGAUGUUCUGA